CCCUCACUCUCCCAUCACGGAAGAGAUUCGCCUCCGCUUUGCCGUCCGCAAUCAUUCUCUCCCCCCUUUCCGCUGCUCCCUCUGCAAAUCCGCUGCGGAAUCGCAGCAAUCAGUGAGCGCGAUCAAUCAGCGCGCCCAUCGAGGUUUCUCGACCGUCGCCGGCGCCGCAGGCAGGCAGAGCGCCCUCCUCCCUCCGGUUCCUUCUUGCAGGGACUCAUUGGUGGGACACUGAAUUUUCAAAUCACAACAGUCCCGUAAACGAUGCGAAGAUUCUUUUUCUUCGGGUCCCCCACCCCGAAGGACGGGAAUGGCGAUGGGACGCCAGGCGACGACGGCAAGAGCAAGAACAGGAGUAAGAAGCCACUGGAGGAAGGCGAGGGUAGUUGCAACUCCAGCUCCAGGUCCCAUGACCACGGCGCAAGGAUGUCUAGGUCGAGAAGCCGCCGUGGAAGGCUGAGCAACGAGGAGCCAGCCAAUCCAAAGCAGCUCAGGAGGUGCAUGUCGUUCUCAUCCGCCGCCGCCAACAGUGGCCUGAAGGAACGGAGCUUUAGCUUCUCCAGCGAUGUCCCUGGUUCUUUCUAUGACGAAUCUGAUGUGCCUCACCAGGCCGAAGAUGUCAAUCACUAUGCCUGGUCACCAGAAAGGCAUCCAGUCUUAAGAGAAUCCUCAGUAAAGGUUCCAAAACCAUGUUCAGUCCUGGAAACUGAUUCUCCUCGUUCAAGAUGCUAUUCAUGCUCAACAGGGCACUCCCCUCCUACCUCUCCUGUUGCCCUACGAUGCAGGUCUACGAGGCUAGGCAGUUUAUUGAACAAGAAUGAAGUGCUAGACCGAUACAUUGAUGGAGAGCAGGAGGCUGCCAUCCAAAAUGAGAAGCUGAGGCAGAACUCUCCCACUAGAUCUGUGGUUCCGAAUUCAAGACGUCCGCCUCGACCCCAUUAUACAAUGCCAUCUUUGCAAAAAUCAAUGAAAGAGAACGUUGAGACCUACCCAAAUGUGGAUGCGAAGGAUGCCUAUGGAAGUAAAAACCAUGCAAGUGUUCUGGAUGAUUUUGGGAGGUUUCCACAUUUAGAAGAUUACAGAUCAGAAAGCAUUCCAUCUGUUGAAGAUAUCUAUGAGGAUUUCCAAGAUAUGCAACCUUCAAAAGUUAUCCAUGAUGCCCCCCAAUAUUUUCAUGAUCAUGACUUGGAUUUCGCCCCAGAAGGGCAAGAAACUGAUGAUAAGUUGCUUCAAAGGACAAAAGAAAUUGAAGAGAGGUUUAUAAUUCCUUCUGGAGACAAUCAUCAGCUUAACAUGUCCAGAUAUAAGCGAUUAAGCUCAAAUGAAAUGUUCCAGUUGAUUCAGUGUUUGACUGAAGACAGGAAACAGCUAGCAGAUGAAUUGUCUUCACAGAUUAAGGCACGCCUUGCAGAAAGGUUUAAUGCCAAAGAGAAGUACAAACAAUCAGUGAAAGAACUUGAGAUCAGAACUCGAAGGCUGGAGAAGGAGAAGACUGAAGUACAGAGUACUUUGGAGAGAGAGAUUGACAGAAGGUCAAACGAUUGGUCAGCCAGGCUGUUGAGAUUUCAAUCUGAAGAAGAGAGACUGCGUGAACGGGUGAGAGAACUUGCUGAGAAAAAUGUCUCAUUUCAGAGAGAACUCACUUCUCUUGAAGCAUACAAAGUUGAUGCAUCUGAUAAGGUUGCAAGUUUGGAAAAGCAAAACACGGAACUAACUGAUGAGCUAGAGAAAGUGAAAAAUGAGCACAACAAUCUCCACAAUUCUUCAAUAGAGUUGCAUGCUCAAUUUUCUAAGACCACAGAGGAGAAGGAGCAUAUCAGGGGAUUCUUGAAAGAUAAGGAGGGUGAUAACAAGGCAUUGCACCAAGUGGUUGCAAGGCUACAGACAAUAUGCAAUGAACAAGAAAAAACAAUUGCUGGCUUGAGACAGGGAUUCAGUGCUGAAUUGGAUAAGGAAUCUGUUUGGUCCAGCAGUGAGAGGAAGAAUAGGAUGCAGAUGGAACUCAUCAGAUUGUCAGGAGUGGAGCAGAAGUUGAGAGGUGAAGUUCAAUCUUGUCGUCUUGAAGUAGAAUCUCUUAGGCAAGAGAACAUUGCACUCUUAAAUCGUCUACAAAGCACUGAAAAUGGAUCAAGCUUUUCCUCAAUUCGUCUUGGCCAGGAGCUUCAGGCUAAAGUGGACAACUUGCAGACACAAGGCUUGUCGUUACUUGAUAAGAGUAGCCAACUUUGCACCAAAUUGCUGGACCUUGUGAAAUGCAGGAGGCAUGAAAGUGAACAUGACAGCGAUAUUGAUGCAUUAGACUACACACUGGAGCUCCAGAGCAUCAAAGGAGGAAUCGGGAAUCUGAAACGAAGCCUGCGGGCAACCAGUGCUGUGCUUGCCGAAAAGCAGAAUUUGAAAGAAAGAUCUGGUGAGGCUGCAGUUGGAGGUAGUCCUCUCAUGGAGGAGACAGAUGAGGUUAAUUUUGAAUUCAAGCUGAAAGAAGAGGCUCUUCUGAAUAGAGUACUGAAGGAGGCACUUUUGUCAAAGGAACUUGACAUUGAACAGCUGCGGUCAGAUGUGGCAUCUUUGCUUCGUAUCCAAGUUGUCAUGAGGAAUGAGGUCCAGAGAGUCCAAGAUGAACUAUCCUGCAUCACCCACAAGGCUAAACAUUUGGAGCUUCAGGGUUCGAAGAAAGACGAGUCCAUCGACCAGAUCCAGCAGGAUUUCCAAGAAUCUGCCAAGGAGCUAAGCGCGCUCAGAGGACAGCUGAAAAUCGUGACCGAUGAAAGGGACCUCUCGUGGCAGGAAGCGAAGCAGCUCCGCAAAACCACCAGCAUGAUGCAGAACGAGGUCGCGUCUCUAAAGAAGAAGAUCGAGUCCCUCGAAGAAGACAUCCUUGUCAAGGAGGGGCAGAUCUCGAUCCUACAGGACAACGUCUACAAGCCGCCGCUCGACUUCAUCUGCAGCCCCAGAACGAUGAAGCAGUUCGGCAUGGAGUGAAACUUUGCGCAAAGAAAGAAAAGCUCUUGGGACAUAUAUAGCUUUUAUACUGUUAUUAUGGGCAGAUAUAGAUGGCCUGCGCCGCAUAGGACGUGUUCAUAUGCUUUUAUCGCAGUAUCUUUUUUUCCAACCCGUGCAGGACCCCUGCAUGGUUCGAAAAAAAGAUAAUGUGGUUUGUUUUGCAAUGCAACCGAAGUUUGCUGUAUCUUUUGUAAAGCGAUGCGUGCAUCACAACCUGUGAUGGCCUUGCCGCGCCUACUUAAGUUUCUGUACUAUGAAUCUGUGAUGUGGCGAGGACACCGUGAAUGGAUCGUCCCUUUCUUCGGUUUUCGAUUU